CCUUCCUGCCUCCAGCCUCGCCCCCGUCCCGCACCGCACCUGCCGCGCCAUGUCCGAGGAAGACGCCCUUGCGGCGCUCAAGCUGGCGCGCAAGCACGCCGACGCCGGCAACCACGUCGCCGCGCUCAAGUGGGCACGCAAGUCGCUCGCCAUCAACGCCACGCCCGACGCGCGCUUCCUCGUCGAGAAGCUCGAGAGCGGCGCCGGCGCCGCAGCGGCGGGCCCGUCGGGUAGCAGCACCAGCAGCGCAGCGGCACCCGGCGGUGAGGGCCUGCGCAGCCGGGCGCCCGCCGCCGCCGCCGCCGCCGGCAGCUCACCGGCGCCGUCGGCGCGCGCGCCGCCCGAGAAGCAAAAGGCGCGCGAGUGGACGCCGGAGCAGGCGGCCGUCGUGAAGCGGGUGAAUGCGGCGGGGCGUGCGCACGACUACUACGGCGUGCUCGGCCUCAAGAAGGAGGACUCGCCCGACGAGAGCGCCGUGAAGAAGGGCUACCGCAAGGUGAGGCGUGGGCGCGCUGGCGGCGCGCGGUGCGGCGGCUGACGAGCGGCGACGUGCGACAGCUGGCGCUGCAGCUGCA